AUGGCCCAAGUCCAACUCCCCAGCGGUGCAGUCUCAGGGCCCCGCCCUGGAGUCUUCUCGUACUUCCGCUUCAAUCCCGACGUUCACACCCGCGAAAAGCCCUAUGAGAUUCUCGUCAACCUACCUCCAGGCCGACAGCGCCAUAACCAAGAGUUCGAGGACUGCAAGACGACGGUGACGGACGUGAGAGGGCGGGAGACCGACUUCUCGCUCGAUGUCAACGGCUUCUGCUGGCGAAAAUGGGCUGGCCCCGAGGCGUGGCGCGGAAUCGACGCCGAGGCCGUCAAAGCGCUGGGUCACGACCGUAUCAUGAGCGGGUAUGUCGCCCAGGCGGAGGAAUUUCUCAGGUCCGAGCUUGCGGUAUCAGGGGAGAGUGAAGUUGACAUUGUCAAAGUGUUUGAUUAUAGGAUGCGAAAGCCUUCGAAGCCAGGACGCUCGACCUUGACGAUGGACUGGACCCCCUUCUUCCAGUUCCACACCCACACGUUGAGCUUCAAUGGCGCGAUCCUUAGAGUCAAGGAGCACAUGAAGGACGACGCAGAUGAACUUUUAAAACGACGGUUCAGGAUCAUCAAUAUCUGGAAGCCCCUCAAGCGCGUUUCUGACUGGCCAUUGGCGGUGUGCGACUCGACCACCGUCCCUCGCCGGGACCUGAUAGCCAACGACUUGGUCCGCCGCCGAUACAUUGGCGAGUCGUUCUACUCCACCUACAACCCCGAGCAUCGUUGGUAUUAUCUUUCCAAUCAAGAGCCCGACGAGGUCACCCUCCUCAAAAUCCACGACUCGGAUGAGAGCGCGGCCGUGAGGUACUCGCUGCAUUCUGCGUUUCAUCUCGGCCUGUCAGAUGAUUCUCGUGAGAGUUUCGAAGUUAGGGCCCUAGUAUUUGACGCCCCUCGGUAG